UCUAGGGGCAGCUCUCUUCUUCUGCCUUCUUCCCUUGCACAGAACUUGAAGCUCUAUUUCCGGCUGGCAGUGGUGUUUUGUUAAAACAGUGUGAUUCACUCCACCCCCCCCCCCCCCGUAGGAACUCUUUGUUCUUUGAUCCUUGAUCCUUGGUUUUAAGAAUGGGAACUGCUUACGUGGGGUUCAUUGUAUUUUUUUUGGGAAAUACUUAUUUAAGUUUUGGGAUACCAUUAUAUGAGGCUGGAGAUGUACUGAGUGGUGAUCCUGUGUCACCAGCACAACAGAAGGGAAAGAAGUAUACGUGUAAUACCUCUUCGUGCAGCAUUCUGUGGCUGUCAUUUCGCGCUCCCCUCCCUUCAUGUGCUGGGUAUCAAACCCAGGGUCUGCAGCAGGUGUUCACAGCUGAUCCGCACCCCAGACCCCCCUGCUAUUUUUCCCUUGUACUCCUUGGCGAAGGUAGCCCCAGUUUUCAUCGCCUAGCCCAUUGCUAUGGACAGUGCCAUCACUCUGUGGCAGUUCCUUCUUCAGCUCCUGCAGGAGCCUCAGAACGAGCACAUGAUCUGCUGGACAUCUAACAAUGGGGAGUUCAAGCUUCUGCAGGCCGAGGAGGUGGCCCGUCUCUGGGGGAUCCGCAAGAACAAGCCUAAUAUGAACUACGAUAAGCUCAGCAGAGCCCUAAGAUACUACUACGUAAAGAACAUCAUUAAAAAAGUGAAUGGUCAGAAGUUUGUGUACAAGUUUGUCUCUUAUCCAGAGAUUCUGAAAAUGGAUCCACUGACAGUAGGCAGGAUCGAGGGAGACUGUGAAACUUUAAAUUCCCUCGAAGCCAGCAGUUCCAAAGAUGCUGAGAACGGGGCCAAGGAACGGGCACCUCAGCCUGCAGCCAGGACAUCUAGUCGCAAUGACUACAUACACUCUGGUUUGUACUCUUCAUUUACUCUCAACUCCUUGAACACAUCCAAUAAGAAGCUUUUCAAGUCAAUCAAGAUAGAGAAUCCAGCUGAAAAACUGGCAGAGAAAAAAACUCAGGAGCCAACACCAUCUGUCAUCAAAUUUGUAACAACACCUGCCAAAAAGCCACCCAUCGAACCUGUUGCUGUUACCUUUUCAACAAGCCCAAGUAUUUCUCCAUCUUCUGAAGAAACUAUCCAAGCUUUGGAGACACUGGUUUCUCCCACACUACCUUCUCUGGAAGCCCCAGCCUCUGCAUCCAUUCUGGCUACCACCUUUAACCCAACUCCUCCGAUUCCCUCCGUACCUCUUCCUCCAAAGGAGCCUCCUAGGACGCCUUCUCCACCAUUGAGUUCUAACCCAGACAUUGACACAGACAUUGACUCAGUGGCUUCUCAGCCAAUGGAACUUCCAGAGAACUUGUCUCUGGAGCCUAAAAAUGAGGAUUCAGCUGUGCCAGAAAAGGACAAAACAAAUAACUCUUCAAGAUCCAAGAAGCCCAAAGGGUUAGAACUGACACCCGCCCUUGUGGUCACAGGCAGUGACCCCAGCCCCCUGGGGAUCUUAAGUCCAUCUCUCCCAACAGCAUCUCUUACACCAGCACUUUUUUCACAGACACCCAUCUUGCUGACUCCAAGCCCCUUGCUCUCCAGUAUCCACUUUUGGAGUACUCUCAGCCCAUUUGCUCCCCUGAGCCCAGCCAGACUGCAAGGUGCUAAUACGCUUUUCCAGUUUCCUUCUGUGCUGAACAGUCAUGGACCAUUCACUCUGUCUAGCCUGGAUGGACCUUCCACUCCUGGCCCAUUUUCUCCAGACCUACAGAAGACAUAACCCUUGCAGUUGUGGACUAAGACCAAGGAACUAAGAAACAGAGACGUCCAACAGGAUUGGUUUGAAAUGAGGGAUAGUUCUGCAGUACUCUUUUAGACUGUUGUUAUUUCCCCAUUGCCUGUUGAAAACCUUUUCAGGAUUCUCAAAAGUUGGACUGUAUAAAAAUGCCUUAAUUGGAGUCCAAACUCCACCUCACUUCUUUUUUAAAAAGGUGGUUUUUUUUGUGUGUGUGUCGAUGUGUGUGUUGUUGCUGUUUUUGUUUGUUUGUUUUUUAAGCUUUGUGCAAAAAACAUUGGUCUGUUGGGGUUCAGCAGCUGUGUUUUGCAAGAGAGUCACAGAACAAAGUUACUGGUCCUGGAUGUUAGGACUCUUUGGCCAGAGGAAAAAGUAUGCUUAGUAUCUGUUAUUUAAAGAAAUACUUGUCAGCUAUGAAUGAUGACCCACUUCUGUGAUCCCAGCAGUUGGGAAGCUGAGGCAGGAGGAGAACACCAAGGGUUGAGGGCAAGCCUGGGCUAUGUAUAUAGUGAGAUUGUCUCAAAGGGAUAAAAAUACUACUUAAAGAAAAUGCAGUGUGUUUAGUAGUAAGUAGCUCUGUUGAAAGACUAACAGGGAGCCACUUGCUAACAGUGGGAGGAAGAGUCGUCCCUGUUCUUAGGAGAGUUAGGGUAUCACCAGGCGGGAGGCUCUGACGUGGUAGUCAGUUCCACAGAAAGGCAUCUUGUUUGCCCUCAUCCUGGGUGGAUCUCUGUGCUAUAUACCUGUGAUGUCAUCUGAACCUGUCAGUGGGCCGUGGCCCUGAGCUUUGGUAACACAAGGCUUUGAAAGCUCAGUUUUAAUGUGGGUUUGGGGCAUUCAUUGAGAAUACAGGACCCCACUGUGAGCACAUAUCUCUUGUCUGCUCUCUUGAGUGGUGUGGUUCUGUAUUCGGGCAGCACAUCUUGGAAAAAAGAUAAUUUUCAGGAAAAUAGAGUUGGGACUUGAAAAAUUGAAUAUUGGAAGUAAGCAAAAAGGUUCAGUUGAACCUGGAGACACAGGUGGGGGCAUUUUAUAGCCAGAGGACACCCAGAGUGAUAGCCUCUGCUUUCUUCUUGCUAAUUUUAUCCACUUCUGCUCUGCACUUCCCAUGAUGCUUCCUUUUAAAUCGAAGGUCAGAGGAUGAAGCAGCAUUCAGGUGUAAUCAGGACGGUGGAUGUCAAAAUGAAACUUUCCAGUCAGUCAUGAGAUAAAGGUGUGCUUGUUUCUUUUCAAGAUUGCUUUCAAUUAUGGGAUCAGAUUACAUUUGGCCGUUCGCAUACAUAGGACUGUGAUUGUUAAAUUAGUAAUGAGAACUACUUCUUAUUGCUACGGCCCCUCAUCUGCAUAUUGUCACGUUUAUAAAGUACCGUGUAGUAAGUCAGAGCCAGAUGCACACAGGUACGUUGGUCUCUCAGACUGAAUUGAGAGAAUUGAGAGAAUCUUGAAAAUUUUGACUCUAAAGUCCAGAACUAAAUUGUUUUACAUGCCCCACCCCUCACCCAUUAAACCCUAGACCUGACAUAGUGGAACAGAGUGGGGGCCUGCAGGCUCAGGGUGACACUGACACAGUGUGGCGUCUUUCAGGACAGCAUUGGCUGUCCAGUGCAGAGAUGCUUAGGUAAGGAAAUGUGUGCUGGCUGGGCAGUGAAGGGCAACAGUGAGCUGCCUUUUCCCAGGGGCAGUUGGAGACCUGUUACUGGUUCAUUUGUGGUUCUAAAUGUUCUGUUCCCAUGAUGUGCAAUAAUGGGGUUGAAAGGUAGUGUUCAGAGUGAUGGGAACAGGCGCUGUAGUGGGCUUCCUUCCCAGGGUGGAUUAUUUAGAUUGCUUGCAUAUUUGGAAUUACCCUCAGUAGCACUUUGUAGUAAUUUAGUGGGUUAACAUUGUGUGUACUAAGUAAAUAUUGAGAAUUGAUCUAACUAGAUGUUUGAAAUUCUGAAAACAUAAACGUUUUAUCUUCUUGAGUUAAAGGAGAAAAGCCAUUGGUUGUUUUCACAGAUGAUAUGUUUGAUAACUUACUGUUUUAGCACAGAGGUGCCGUGGGUCCAAGGGCACCAUUUAAACUCAGGCUGGGUGUGGUAGCACAGGUCCGUGAUCCCAGCACUUGGGGGUUGAGAGCUGGAGGAUCAAGAAUCAGGGAUAGCCUCAGCUACAUAGUGAGUUUGAGACUAGCUUGGACUACAUGAGACCCCGUCUCAAAAAAAAACAAAAACAAAAACCUCAGAGCAACGUUGUAAGAAACCAUGAGGCCUUGGGGGGUUGGGUUGGUGGACUGCUUUCUUCUUGAAAUGAAUGAAUUGGAGGAACUGUGGUGUGUGUGUGUGUGUGUGUGUGUGUGUGUGUGUGCGUGUGUGUGUGCGCGCGUGCAUGCGUGUGUGUCUCCUUUUUAAGGUCAGCUUAUAACCUUGCUGUGUGUGUGAGGCAGCCAUUUCUUGCUGUAGACUACCUCCUUCCUGACAAAGUCUGAGCUUUGUAUGAUUUGAAUAGCCAUAAUAUUCUUAGCAUCAACAGUAUUCGGGAGAGAUUCUGUACCUUCAGCUCACAUCUGGCAUCCACCCCCAGUCAGCUUGCCAGGGGAGAUGAGCAGGCUGUCGGGGUUUGAGACACCUGAGACCUCUUGGCUUUCUUUCUGCUCUGGGUCACCUAUGCUCAGCUGGGUGACUGAGGGUCUUAGGGCCUUGGGGUUCUGGGAGGGCCUGGGUUUGGAGGGUCUGCUGGCUUCCAUGGUUCUCUGUGGCUCCGUGCGGUGCCACCCACCCCUGUGUAUAUGUCCUUGGGUAUGUUUUCACUUGAGCUGUACUUUUCUCUUACUCAUGCCGAUUCUUUAAAAAAUACACAAUUAAAAUGUCAGGUCUAACUUACGUCAUCUUUUCUCAUGUAUUAUUAUGAUAGUAUAGUCCUUGUGGCAUAAUCUGUGUGUUUGAAUGAGGGUAGAAAUUUCCAGUAAUUAAAAAAAGGAUGUAAUAUAUAAUUGAAUGUAGAAGCCCUCAAAAGGCCAACAUUAAGCUUCAUCAAGUUAAAAUAUGUUUAUUUUCCCUCAUAUUUUAACAGUUAAAAUAUAAGUAUAAAUUUUUUUCACUGUGGUUUUCUUGUUUUUGCUUUUGAGAUAAGAUCUUCCUGUGUCACCCAGGCUGGCUGUGAACCCAAAUGCUGACAUUUUACAAGUGUACACCACAUGUCUUGACUUUUUUUUUUUUUCAAAUUUUGGUGGAGAAAGUAAAGCCAUCAACUUAUGUAGAGUACUGGAUUUUCCUCGUAAACUGGAAAAUUCCUCUCAGAUUUGUAUACUAUACUAGAGAUCACAAAAGGCAGGAAUGGCUGGCAGGUAUACCAGACAGAGUCUUGACGUUUAUGGCUAAAUGCCAGCGAUUGAUAUUGUCACCGUCGUUUUGUUCACCUUGGCCUUGUGCUGUAUGAGGUCUAGUACUGUUUACUGUGGUCUUUGAUUUUAACAUUCUGAAAGGCAGCUUUAUGUGAUAAUGUCUUAAGCACCAUUGAGGCCCUUAAUGGAACUAUAGAAGAGCAGUUGGCAGUGUUCUGGAACAUACUCCUUGAUUAGGAAAAGGUUUUCUCUUUUGGUUUAUUUUCUUUUUUGAUUUUUGAGACUGGGUCUUAGUCUUUAGUCUAUGCUGGCCUCAAACUCUUGGCAAUCCUCCUGCUUUGGCAUCCCAAGUACUGAGGUUAUGAAUGUGAGUUACUCAAAAAUUCAUACGUAUAUAUCCCUCCAUUAAAGUAACAUCGACACUCUACUGUAGCAUACAAAAUGGGGGUUUAGCAUAAGAAAUAAAUGCUGUCUAGCAGCCAGUCCUGCUGAGUCCUUCCUGUGCCCUAGAAGAUGGCUCUGUACCUAGAAUCACUGUCCUAAAUCAUUGAUUCAACAUGAAGUUGAUGUUUGAUUCUCAAGUACAGGUUUUUUUUUUAUUAUUAUUAAAUUCUAGCUUGAGAUUUUCUGGAGCUUUGUCAUAGCCUUUCAGAUUUUCUAUUACUUCUUUCUCAUUGGGAAUUCAUUCCCAAACGCUCUCUGGAUUCCCUGUGCAUUCUGAGCUGUUUUCUUUUCAGCUCUGUAUUACAAACAGCUGAUAGUUUUAAUUUAUAGUCUUUUUACAAACUUCUUUGGCCUUAUGUUUUGCCAAUAGAUUCACAAUUAUGUCAGGUUACUUUAUGCUAAAGUAUUUGCCAUCUUUCUUGCUGGAUUAUGAAGUGCUGUUUUUAUUGUGUUUUUUCAUUUGGGACAUUUAAACAUCUGAAAGGAUAGUUUACUCAAUGACUUGUUCUGUUUAUCACUUAUUUACUACAUAUGUGCCAUUUGCCUGUGCCAAAAACCAGGAGUCAUGCCACGGUGCCGUCCUCCGGCUUGGAAAGAUGUGGAGACAAGUACAGGCCUGAGCAGAAACCCAAGGCUCGGAAUGAAUUUCCAGACCAGCAAGAUCCAGAGUGUUGAUGUAGUCUGUGGUCUGUUGUCGGGAGCAGGGUGGGAUCUCAAGUGGAUUUGAGCAGCUGAGCACUUGACACACAGUGCAGGGAAGGGACAGACACACAGUCUGUCUCCAGCAGCCUCCUAGACACUGACUUCUGUGGAAAGCACUUCGCUGGUUUUCUUCUAGGUCUGCUGUUCUCAGUGCUGGCGCUGCCCCAUUAUUGUUCGAUGUUAUCAGAACUACUUACUGAAGGUGAGGUCUCUGUCUUUGAGCGGGAUUCUACAGGUGAUGGCGCGUCUUGCCCUCCGUGGGACUUGUUACUAUGAGAGUCAUGCCUUCACCUGUAAACAUCAGAUAGGAGAGGUCAGCUGUCAUCGUGGUGACUUCACUGCUGCCAGCAAGUGGUCCAUCUGAAGCUGAGUCCUUCAGGGUGCUUCGUGUUACUGAGACAAAAUGAAACCCGUGGCUAGCUUGCCAAAAAGAAGCCAUUUCUUCAGUGCCACCGUUUGUAGUUCAGCCCUUGUGAAAGGUAGACAUGCGCAGUGGCUUGUGGGAGAGUAACUGUCUGCCAGCAUGAUUUGACUUGAUUCUGUGGUGCUGGGGACAGAACCAGGGCCCUCACACAUGCUAAAUGAGUGACCACUACUGGGCCACACCCCUAGCAACACCUCCCCCACAACUAAAUGACAGCUUCUACCAGGAAAUUCCUGGGGCUUACAGACAGUCUCGAAGGGUAAGUGUAAUGCACACCGGGAAGUUUCAUGAAGUUAACUUGUCUUUGAAAUACUUACUUGGGAAUCAAGCACAUUUCUCAGUCCUCCCGAGGGAGUGGCAGAGUACAUCCCUAUGCAUACACGGCCAUGUUGACCCAGGGUAUGCGACUCUUUUUCCUGAGAGAGGUAUAUUUAUCCCCUAAGGUGGUUGCUCGUCUAUUUGUUCUAAACCUAAUAAAGGAAACCCUCAUUGCUGCACCUACAGGCGCCACCUUUAAAGACCUGCCAUGUCCAGUUCAGUUUUUAAUGCAUGGACUCAUAGGCCUUACAGACCCUGAUGCUUAGACUACUCCCCACAGUGGCGUUACCCUGCACUCUUCAUGUAUCAAAUGUAAGGGCGUUUUCCUAAAGCUCUGUGUGUUUGUUUGCUUUCGUGUAAAAUUGCUCCUGGGUUGGCUGGGAAGUUUCUCAGGAGGUGUCUAUGGAGUGUAAGGGGAGGGAGGACUCCUGGCUUGCUGUACCCUUUAAACCCUGUAUUAGUAGCAUUAGCAGAAGGGGGGGCAGGUCAGGUUGAAUGGUCUCAGCUUUGCCUUGUUCCCAUCUUAAAGUGAUUCUCCUCUCUCCAGGGAUUAUGAGCUGUGCUCAUACAGCCUAGAAUCUUCUUGAUAAGGUGAAAGGGAGAUGGUGCCUGGCAGCUGGCCCAUAGGUCCUGCCAACAGAGUCAUUCACUCUGCCCGCUCUCAGGAGUGGGAAUUCUGUGAACCGCUGUUAAAUCACUUGGCACUUUCUUGGGAUCUAUAUUAGCACUGUUUGCUUGUUUGUUGUUUUUUUGUUGGUUGGUUUUUGAAACAAUGUCUCACUGUGUAGCCCUGAGAAACUCACUAUGUGGACCAGGCUGGUCUUAAACUCACACAGAUCCUCCUGCAUCUGCCCCUAAGUGUUGGGAUUAAAGGCAUGUGCCACCAUGCCCAGCUGUUUUUGUUUUUAAUAACUGGAAGCAGUUAAUGGUUCUUUUGCUCGAUUUCAGCUUCAGGAGGGUCAAGGAAAUAUGGCUGUUUCUCAUUUCUAGUUUGGGGACCUUAGAGCAUUUAUAGAAGGGAGAAAUGGAUUACCUGAUUGAGUCUUCCUUCCAGGCUCAGUAAGACAGCCUCUUUCAGUUAGCAUGUAAACGACUCACAAGCUUUUAUAUUGUGCUUUGUAGAAAUUUAUGAUUUUAAAAGAUGAUUUGCAUUGGUAGAUUGCACUGUAAAUUUGAUAUACAAAAGACAAUUUUAGUUGUUGAUUUCCUCAUUUAUUUCUUUUACGUAGGGGCACAGUCCCUUCUGAGACAUUUCAUUGUUUGCUUGAGGACAGUAUUACCAGUGGCCUCUGUUUGACAUUUGCUGCUGCCAUUGCUGGCAUAUGUGGUAGAAAGCAUGUGCACACUUAGGGGAAGAUUUACACAGGAUCUUUGAGUUUCUGGAUGCCUGUUGACAGUGUGGCCCUGAGGAUCUUCGCUUUGUUUAUCUUUGUGAGUGGGAAAGACUAUGUAUAAAGCUCUGCCUGGACUGUUAGUGCAUGCUCGUAAUCCCAAUGUUUGGGAGGUGCAGGAAGGAGGAUCAUAGAUGAGUCCAGGGUCAUCCUUGGCUACAUAGUGAGUUAGAGGCCAGCCUGAGCCUCGUGAGAGCCUGCCUGAAAAUACAUUUAAAAAGAAGAGGUGGAGGUUCAGUGGCUCAGAGCACUUGGUGCUCAUCCAGAGGGACAGAGUGUGGUUCUCAGCACCCAUGCCAGGUGGCUCACAGCUGCCUGCAGCUCCAGUGUUAGAGGAUCUGAUGCCCCCCUGUGGCUUCCGUGGGCAUCUGCACAUAUACUUAACAUGCUGCGUAUAUGCGCACUCUCUCUCUCUCUCCUGUCUCUCUCUCACUCACACUCUCUCUCACACACACAUACACACACACACACACACACACACACACACACACACACACAUUUUUUUUAGAAGCCUUAGUUCAUUUUGAUACUGAUUAGUUUGGUUCCAAACAUAAAAGUUUGGGUUAAAGUAGGUCUCUUAGAAUUAUGUCUUUUAUUCACCAAAUAAUUAAAUUGGCUUUUUUAAAAGUAGGUUUUGCAUUAAACAGUCUCUUCAGGCAUCAGCCUCCUGAGUAGCUGGGACGACAGGCAAGUGUUACCACAUCUGGCUUAAGUCUGCACUUAAGAACAACCCAGUUACUAACCAUGAAUCCUACAGAACUUCUUUUUUAAAAGAGCCCCCUAAGCUGGAGCUCUUGUACUAGCCCCAAGUUUGACCCCCAUUGCAUCAUACACUGGGAGUGAGGUUCAAGCCUUUAAUCCUAGCACUAGGAAUGUAGAAAGCAGGAUGAUCAAGAAGUUCAAGGUCAUCUCUGGCAGGUUCAGGGCCAACCUGAGGCACAAGAUCCUUGUGAUUAAUGAGAAAUAACCAUGGGUUAUUUUAAAUUAUGUGUGCUAGGUGAUUGAGUCACAGUGAACCUGCCAGUUGGUGCACUGUGCAGUGUGAACAUGAUUUAAAAGGUAAUGACAUUAAUAACAGACUCUUACUUUUCAUUCAGUGAAUCUCUAAUUUAGUAAAAAGCAUGUGUUCUGCUAUGGAGUGAUUGUGAUGCAUAUACUCUGGUAUUUGCACAGGAUGGGGGGUGGCAGGUUCCUGUGUAUGUGAGUUUGGGAUGGGUGGUAGAAAGGACUUCACAGGGUACUCGACUCCUUAGAGGAACUGUUGCCUGUGUGUUCACCGCUCCUUGCUUAUUUUAUUGCAAUCUGUGUCUCACAUUACUCGGUGUUACCACUUUGUAUGAGUAGAUCUUUAGAUGGGUGCAAGCAACACAUGCCCAAAAGAACUGUCGAGGCGACACUAAUGACAUGUCUUAUUUUAGUUUAGUUUCUAUUAAGGGGACCUGCAAAGUGCUACAAUCACUUUUGUUCCUUUCUGAAAAAGCAAUUGAAAUGGUAACUGCUAACAGUCCUUAAAAUUAACAUUGGUUGUUCUUACAGCUGGGCAGAAUGCCUCAUCUAAUCUAGCUACACAGUAGCACUUAACUGUAGAGACAAAGGGGUGUUGUUUUAAGGCUGGUGAAGCCAGUGUGGAGUCUUGAAUUCUGCCUUUGAGUGACAGAAAUUUCAUGGAGUUUGGGGAGAGGGGGAAAAGGACGCAUGCGCACUUUGAGGGCUUUCUAAUGCACUGCUGUUCAAAAAACAAGAUGGCGGUCCACUGGGUGCUGUCUCCAGGCAUUGCAAGGGACUGCCCUGAGUAACCAGUCAGGGGCCCUUCCUUCUGUUGCUUCUAAGCUUUAUGCAAAAGCUUUGUUAACUUCUGUAAAGAUCAUGUGUAUUUUAAGAAAAUGAUACAUUUUUAAAAGCUUUUAUGUAAGAACUGACAGAGGGAUUUGCUUGUAUGUGGGAAGCUGGCUUUGAGAAAGCACUCUGGCAUGUUUACUACAUGUCCAGAGCUUUAGAGAUCUGUUUAUAGAUACAUGUGCAACUAGAUAUGGACAACAAUUGUAUUUUUUUUAAUAAAUAUUUUUAACAAAA